UAACAUAGUCCCUAGAACCUUCCAUUCUCAUCUAGAACCACAGUUUCUACUAGAGUAUUAAAACCCUAAUCCAUCCCUUUUCAUAAACGAAAAAACCCUAAUCCUUGAACGCACUCUACCAGAAAAAUGGCGAAGCGUUUGAUUCCAACCUUCAACCGCAUCCUUGUCGAGAAAAUUGUUCCUCCUUCCAAAACCUCCGCCGGUAUUCUCCUCCCCGAAAAAACCUCUCAGCUUAAUUCGGGAAAAGUUAUAGCUGUUGGUCCUGGAUCGAGAGAUAAAGCUGGUAAUUUGAUUCCUCCAUCUGUCAAAGAAGGUGACCAUGUUCUCUUGCCGGAGUAUGGUGGCUCUCAAAUUAAGCUUGAUGACAAAGAGUUCCAUUUGUUUAGGGAUGAGGAUAUUUUGGGCAUUCUGCAUGAUUGAUGGAAUAGUGUCUGUUUUUGUGAGGAAAUGCCAUUAUAGAUUGGAUUAAAAAUAACUUAAAUUUAGUUUCCAAUGUAAUUUGGUGCAAACAUUUGAGAGGGAUUUUCAUUUUUCUUUAAUAUUAUGGUGAUGGUGAUUUAUGCCUCUUUUGUAUUCUGAUUCUGAAAUAUGGAAAUGGGAAUAGUGUUGUUUCUUGCA